AUGGCUCUUCUAUGCCCUUCUGCAACUGCACAGCCACCGCUCUUUGGACAUGGGGUUGUUCCUCCUAGCCGCCACCCCUGGCCUCGGGUGCAGGGUGGCUCCUCUUGGAAGCUAGAGGUCAUACCAUUCAGAUACAGGUGGUCAGAAGGAAGCCUUCGACUGCCUCAAGGCCGGCAUGGCAAUACAGGGAUUGUCUUUGCAGUUAUUUUGGCUAUUUUUGUGGUGGCUGUAACUGCAAAUUUGGUCAUAAUAUUCUUGAUUCACAGAGACUCCCAUCUCCAUACCCCCAUGUACUUUCUGCUCAGCCAACUGUCUAUCAUGGACAUUUUCAUUUGUACUACCGUCCCAAAGCUUCUAUUCAACAUGGUUUCUAAUGAGAAGACCAUUUCCUUCGUGGCCUGUGGCAUCCAGAUCUUCCUCUACUUAACCAUGAUGGGAACAGAGUUCUUCCUGUUGGGCCUCAUGGCCUAUGACCGCUAUGUGGCUGUCUGCAACCCUCUUAGGUACCCUGUGUUGAUGAAUCGCAGAGUGUGUCUCCUUCUGGCUGCUGGUGCCUGGUUUGGUGGAUCCCUGGAUGGCUUUCUGCUCACCCCUAUCACCAUGAAUGUCCCCUACUGUGGAUCCCGCAUCAUCGAUCAUUCCUUCUGUGAGAUCCCUGCUGUUCUCAAACUGGCCUGUGCUGACACAUCCUUGUAUGAAACCUUGAUGUACAUCUGCUGUGUGCUCAUGUUGCUCAUCCCCAUCUCUAUUAUCUCAGCCUCCUACUCCCUCAUUUUGUUAACUGUCCACCGCAUGCGCUCUGCUGAAGGCCGGAAAAAGGCCUUUACCACUUGCUCUUCCCACUUGACUGUAGUCAGCAUUUUCUAUGGGGCUGCCUUCUACACUUAUGUGCUGCCCAAGUCAUUUCACACUCCUGAGCAAGACAAGGUAGUAUCAGCUUUCUAUACCAUUGUCACACCCAUGCUCAAUCCUCUUUUUGAUGCUAUGGACUUUGUGGAACAUAAGCUUUAUGACUUGGAAAAUCUUAUCUGA